GCCGCCGCCGCCGCCCAUGGGGAACCACUUGGCCGAGCUGGCGCCCGCCCCGCUCCUGCCGCCUGUGCCGGCGCUGCACGUGGUGGUCGUCGGGCUGGACGCGGCCGGCAAGACCUCCCUCCUCUACCGCCUCAAGUUCCAGGAGUUCGUGCGGAGCGCGCCCACCAGGGGCUUCAACACCGAGAAGAUCCGGGUGCCCCUGGGGGGGGCGCGCGGCGUCACCCUGCGGGUGUGGGACGUCGGCGGCCAGGAGAAGCUGCGGCCGCUGUGGCGCUCCUACACCCGCCGCACCGACGGGCUGGUGUUCGUGGUGGACGCGGCGGAGGCCGAGCGGCUGGAGGAGGCCAGGCUGGAGCUGCAUCGCAUCAGCCGCGCCGCGGACAACCAGGGCGUGCCGGUGCUGGUGCUCGCCAACAAGCAGGACCGGCCCGGCGCCCUGAGCGCGGCCGAGGUGGAGAAGCGGCUGGCCGUGCGGGAGCUGGCCGCCGCCACCCUCACCCACGUGCAGGGCUGCAGCGCCGUGGACGGGCUGGGGCUGCAGCCGGGCCUGGAGCGCCUCUACGAGCUGAUCCUCCGGAGGAAGAAGGCGCCGCGCGCCAGCAAGAAGCGGCGGUGACCCGGGCCGCCCGGCCCUCCGCGGGGUCCCUGCCGCCUGGGGGACAGGAUGGGAGAAGGGCGUCCCGCUCCCCACCUUCACGUCUGAGGGGCCGGGGCUGCCAGACCGAGGGCCACGUCCUCCACCCGGCGUCUGUCCUUCUCCAGCUCUCUCCACUUCUGUCCUGGGGGUGGACGUAGGUGGAGGACGCACUUGGGGUGAGGAAGACCGGGUCCCCCACCAGGGGCCUCUGCAGAUCCUUCCGCGGGACACCAGUCACAGAGUUCCCGGUGUGUCUGUGACAGUGCGGAGGACCCUUGUCCGCACUGCUGGAUCCACAGCCCUUUUUAUAAGCCGUGUGUGCUCGCCGUGUUGUUACAUUUUUUACCACUUGCCUGUAAGUUAUUAAAGAUGACGCUCGCGCCCGCU